AUGCACAAGUACCGUGCAAACACAUCUGAGAGACGUGCCGAGGACGUUUUAAUGAGUCCUGGCUACCCUGGCUUCACCUGCGGUCAUGGAGAUGAAAACCCCUGUGAGCCUGCAUUUGAUACGACCAGACGUCUCCAGAGAGAGCCCAUUCCCUCUCCUGUAAUAACUGUAGAGCACUUUAAAGAAUCGACGGGUGUUAAAGGCCUUCCCCUGUACCCGGACCCCUCCCGGGUACCUGGCACGAAAACUCAGAACAGUUUAGAAUCUGACUACUUGGCCCGAGAUGGCCCUUCCAGCAACAGUUCGUUCCACAGCAGUGAAGAAGAGGGGACCGACCUCGAGGGGGACAUGCUGGACUGCAGUGGCUCUCGCCCUCUGCUCUUGGAAUCGGAAGAAGAGGAUGAGAGCUGCAAGCCUCCGCAGGGGAAGCUAGGAGGAGCCGCUCCCUUCACUCAGCCGGAGGUCACUCCCGCGCAGGCCAAGGCCUCGCAAGGUGGGAGGAAGAACCAAUUCGGAGCCCUCACUCAGCCGACCGCUGAUGGACUCGGUGAGCCAGAUGUGUUCGCCACUGCUCCCUUCCGGAGUUCAAGGAUUCCCGCUGAUGACAUUUUUGCCAAAGCCCCCUUUGUCUCCAAGGGCAACGUGGCCCCUUCCCAGCCAGAGGAGACGGAUGUGUUCUUGAGAGCUCCCUUUACCAAGAAGAAAGGCAUGGAGGAGUCAGCAGUUGCCCAGAACCCCGCCCAGGAGCAGCCCGGUCUCCUCAGUCAGACCGAUGACAUCCCUCUGCUCCCGGGCCUGGAUCGAGCCGUGUACCCGUCCGCCCGAGCUCAGUAUUCCACGGCUGGCUUUGCCCAGCCGUCUAACCUCCCCUCCCAUCCUGUACAAGCAGCAGACCAUCUUGACAGCAUCUCUUCCAGGGGCUCCUCCCUGGAAUCUGGGGCCCAUCCUAAUGACAGAAACAAAGGACCUCAGCCCCAGAAAGAAGCUGUCUCAGGCCCCGUGGCAGGCAAACCAUUCCGCCCCCAGUCUUUAUCCAAAUAUUCCCGUCACUAUAGCCCGGAAGAUGAGCCGAAUCCAGAAGCCCAGCCCAUCGCUGCCUACAAAAUUGUUUCGCAAACCAAUAAGCAGUCGAUAGCUGGCUCCGUUUCCAUCACAUCCCUUGCCUCCAGGACUACGGAGCUGCCAGCUGCUGAUCCUUUUGCUUUAGCACCCUUUCCUUCAAAGUCAGGCAAACAGAAACCUUAGGAGCCAUGCCUGAGCCUCAGGCCCCUGUCUCUACCCUACCCUCAAUACCCACCACAUCAGUCCCAGCUGAGCCUUCCUGAGAAGAUUUAUAUCAAUUAUUCUCUUUCAUUUCCGUGAGUCAGAGCAGAACUUCUUGAGUCAACAAACUCAGUCGAGGUGAUACUUAGUUGAAACUCCCUUAAGUUAUGUUCAUUGCUUUUGUUUAUAUUUCUGGACUUUGGGUGAGUGUGUCCAUCUUCACCUCCACCCAGAAUUCUGCUUUCUGUUGUGUGCCUGGAAACUGUUUUAAUCUCAAACUGCUUGUCAGUAAAUCCAGAAAUAACUUCCCAAAGGGGCCAUGGUAUUGCUACUUUGAUUCCUGUAGUUCCUGUUCUGAGUCAUGUCUAGUGAGGAAUUAAGAUGAGUUCCUCCCAGACUUGGUUUCAUACUCUUGAAAAGGGUACAUUUCAGGAAAGAAACACAAGAUAAAAAUUCUGCUCAUCAAAAGGAAGUGUGAUCCCGAAGAUAAUAAUCAUUCCUCUAAAACCAGCAACUCUAGAAAUCUUCUCUGGA